UCAAUGUCCUAUCGAAAUUGUGAUACUAUAUUCACUGAGUCUUAAGAAACAAAUAAGAACUUAAAUUUAUCUACUCCACCAAUUAAGAAAAUAUUCUAGAGUAAUGAGAUAACAUUUCCAUAAACACUCAAUAGAAGUAACUUUUAGUAUGUGUUUAUAACUUAUUAUUAUAGAACUCCAUAAACAAAAAAUAUAUCCUUAUGCAAUUCAGAACAUAAAUCCUUUUUAAAGUUCUAAUCACAGAAUUCAAUCGGAAAUAUUAAUAACUUAGCAUAAAAUUUAUUUUAAACCAAUACUAGCAAUUAAAUAUAAGAGUAUGUAUCAUAUAUCACUUAUAAUCACAAUAUGAUAAAGAAUUAUAUUUUAAAUUCAAAUAUCAUAUUCAAAAUAUAAACUUAAUAAAAUUUAUUUUAUUAAUUAAAUUUUAUUAUAGGAUUGAAGAAACUAAACCUUGUAAUUGUAAGAAGAGUAAAUGUCUUAAAUUAUAUUGUGAUUGUUUUGCAGCUGGUAAAUUAUGUUCAUCAAAAUGUAAUUGUUGUGGUUGUUUUAAUAAUACUUCAAAUUUAGUAGAGAGAAAUUAAUUUAUGGAAAAAAUGGUAGAAAGGAAUCCAGAAGCAUUCAAUUAAAAGGUUAAAGAAGUAGAUUAAAAAUUGGCACAUUCUAAAGUAUUAUAUACUUUAUAUCAAUCUUAGGGAUGUAAUUGCAGAAAGAGUGGUUGCAAAAAGAAGUAUUGUGAAUGUUAUUAAAUGGGUAUUGAAUGUUCUGAUCAUUGUAAAUGUGAUGGAUGCAAAAAUUGUUCAUCAAAUAAAUUAGUGAA